AUGAACAGCGGGCAGGGUCAAGAGAGAAGACCAUCUGCUGCCCAACUCGGGCGGGUUCAUGAAUUCUCUAUUCCGGCAGAUGCGGAGGAUUGGAAUUAUCUUGUUUCUCACACUCCCAGUUUGAAGGACCUAACCAUACACAACAUCCCAGCCGACCGGGUUGCAUCGGCCUCAGAGGCCAGCAAUGCCCAGUAUAUGAUGCUCCGGUCAUAUUCCCCUCGAGUAUCCGCUAUCGACACCUUCCUGGUGUACGAAUGUGGCAAUUAUGGGUUUACUUCGGAAUACCUAGAAGAGGCUCAUGCGGUCCUUGCUGACUCGACGGAAUGGUCCCGUUAUCUACAACUGAUUGACACGGGGGAUUCUAUUGAUGGUAUUUUGGCGACUAGUGACAGGUGGCCAGGGGCUUUCUCUACUACGAGUCGACUGCAUGAGCAAACGAUGGCCGUACAAGGUAUUCACGAUAGGAACACAAUGCAGGGCACAGCGGCGCAAGCUCGGGUGGGGAGCGCAACAGGGAGACCCAUGCCCCAACGGAUUCCCGAAUUUCCAGAUGUCGAGGACGAAGCAACCCCAAAUGCGGCUGCCAUAAUCCUCUUGCAAACCGUCUCCCACUUCGCUGACUCAAAUCUGGAGUGGGUACUGAAUCGCGUACAAUUUGUAUGCGAGUUCCAGAGUUCCAAAUUCACGGCGUUGAAGGAUGGGGCACUGCGGCCGAAGAGGACGCUGGACAUCUUCGCCAUCGUGGAGGUCAAGAAGCGAAUGCGUACGGUGAACAGAGAAGCCAUCCUCACCCAAGAAACCUGCGAGGUAGUGAGGUGGUUAAUGCACUCAUCUGGGGAGAUGGCUCAUUUCAAUCAUCACUUCAUGCUGAUUUCACAAGACCGCCAUGAGCUCUUUAUCACAUUUGUGCCAUUCAGCCAGGCAUACGAAAAUUACUUGAGGAACGGGACCAGAACCACUGACUUCCUUGUGAUGAAUACAUUUGGUCCAUUCCGCACAGCUUACCGUGACGAUAUGGAGGACUUUGGGCGCAUCAUCCUAGCGACCAUGCUGAUUGCCAAGCGAGCGGCGUCUUGA